CCCCUCUUCCCACCCCAGCCUACCGCCAUGCAUAAUAUAAGGAGACAGCGACCUUGGGGGGACGCAAGACGCUUGCUGGAACUAACAGAGCCAACAUGAGGUCCAUACUAGCAAUACUCAUGAUGGUGGCGGUGGCGACUGGGGUUCCUCAAGGCGGCGAACAAGUGGUAGUGACAAACUCACACAGCUUCCCAUCACUCCUCUACAUCAACUCGGCUCCCGGACUGACCAGACACACCAAUAGUAACAGCUCCUCGGUCAUCGAGCUCAUCCUUUACCCUGCCAAUCCUAGCCCGCCCAUCCCGAGGAGGGCCGUGGUGGUGUUAGGCGGGGGCGAGGCCACGGGCACCCUCAUCCUGACCCAAAAGGUGCCGCCCACAGGAGAGGUGCACAUCGAGGGCGUCAUCAGCAACCUAACACCUGGUCUGCAUGGCUUCCACAUUCACGAGAAGGGAAGCCUCGAGAACGGUUGUAUUUCGGCUGGAGGACACUACAACCCCUACAUGCGCAACCAUGGCUCUCCAAAACACAUAGAGCGACAUGUGGGUGAUCUCGGUAACAUCUUGGCUGAUGAGAACGGCGUUGCAGAAGUCAACAUCACGGAUCCGCUUGUGACUUUGGUCGGGCCGAGGUCAGUCAUCGGGAGAGCCAUUGUCGUGCACGCCGGGGAAGACGAUCUAGGCGCCGGUGGCCAUCCCUCCAGUCUCACGACCGGCAACGCUGGGGGUCGUGUUGGCUGUGGUGUAAUUGGAGUUGCCUAGAUAGCUGUUCUUGUCUCUCGGUUUCCUUUCUCUUAUUUUUCUUGCUUCCCGUUUUUCUGGUGUUUUGCUUUUUCUGGUCUCUCGCUUUUCUUGUUUCUCGUUUUUCUUGUUUCUUUUUUCUUGUUUUUCGUUUUUUUUUAUAGUUUUCCUUGUCUUUCGUUUUCUUUAACUCUCAUAAUCUCUCCCGUUUUUCCCUCUCCUCCGUAUGGUCUCAUCAGCACGACUAGCCUUGCGUCUCUUCUCCGGCGUGCUGUCAUUGUGCUGUGUGAGUCACGGUGCAACCAAGACCAGGCCUUCGAAGCCAAUACCACACCACACCACCACACAGCACCAUGUCUAUCUAGAGCACUGCACACUAAGCUGUGACAUUCCCAUAUAACGCUACACUAUCUUCCGCUUCACAAAGCACCAGUUCAUUUUUCAUCAUAUUAUGAAAACUUUGCAUCUCGUUCUCCACCGCUUUCCCCCACACAACACAUGGAUAUUAUUAUUAUUAUUAUUAUUAUUAUUAUUAUUAUUAUUAUUAUUAUUAUUAUUAUUAUUAUUAUUAUUAUCAUCAUGAAAAAAUGCAUAACCAAAGAAUGGACAAGAACUUAAACAUCAAAAGACCGCAAGAGAAUUAUAAGUCAAAUAAAGGCAUGUAAAGAUGAUAAAGACUCUGGAAGUGAGUCAUUAAUUGAUUUACUCAUCUCAAAGAAAAGAUAUUAAAUGUUAUAGAAAAUUUAUUCGUUAAAAACUAAUUCACCACACGAGUAAUGUGAUAAGUAAGUUUUAUAUGUACACCACACUCAUCACACUGCAGUACAUCACACACUGUUAUUUUAUGUCCUCUUGCAGCAUAUACUACACUGCACAAGUACGCCUCUUACCACUGCCUGCCACAUCACACCACAACCUAUCAAAACUCCACAAAACACACUAUCACACAUCACAACCACACCACACACUGCCACACUAUAUAUUAAGCACCACACAUCACACACACAUACGAAACCACAUCACAACCACACCACACAGUAUCACACUAUAGUCUUCAUACCAUACUCAACCACACAAAAAAAAACAUACACAGACAUAAUAAUCCACUAUGAAUAAUGGAUAACACACCGUUCUUCACCAAUCCCAUUCACCAUCUUUUAUCUCACCGACUCCCACACAUAUAAAAAAUUAAAUUAAUGCAAACAAACGACAACACAGCCAGACAAGAACAAAAGCGAAUAACGCAGAACACCGGAAAAAAAAAUAACGAGCCAUACGUUAUUUUCAUCAAUUAUACCUUCAUUCGUAAAUUACAUCCGGGCAUGAAUAAAUAACAUGUUAUGCGAAGAGAAAAAUAGAGAUGUUGCAAGGUAUGAAAUAAAAAAUAAGAAAGGAAA